UUCAGGAUACAGGACGCUGGGAGAACUGCCCCCUCAGACAAGAGCUGCUGGCUGACAGGGAAGCGACAGCUCAACGGCCGAAGAUCUCCCGCUGCCUCGGUGGGAAGAGAGUGAGACAAAGUGAGAGACACAGCGUGAGAGGUUCUUCCCUGCACUUGCACAAUGCGCACUCUCAUCGUCCUUACCCUCCUGGCUGUCCUGGUGAUGGCGGCUACUUGCUAUGAGUCCCAUGAGAGCAUGGAAUCCCACGUGUAUCUCUAUCCCUUCAUCAACAGGAGAAGGGCCAAUGACUUCAUACAGCCUCAUAUGAGACUACAAGCCAUCUCUCAGGAGAGGAUCAGGGAACGUAGCAAGGCCCCCCAGGAACAUCAGAGGGAGAUGUGUGAAGACUAUCACCCCUGUGAACUCUACGCUUAUCACCAUGGCUAUGCUGCUGCUUACAGGCACUAUUUUGGGAGGAGGAGGACUAAGUAAAGGAAGACUUGUCUCCACCAUGAGGCCUGGAGCCCGGGGUGUCCUCCCAGAAAAAGCAAUGGCUCUGAAAUAUAUGCAGCUGCUUGUUUCCCUAUAUGUUAUCCUGCCUGCUGCUUCACUCCCAUGUAGCCAUGGAUUCCUGCAUUCUGUGUUAACUAGCGCUGAGCUGACGUAGCAGAGGUCGGAGGGAGUUCAGGCUGUGGGUAUUUGCUACACAAUAAAUUGCUGGUUUGAUACUAUC